CCGUAGAAACUGGCAGGUCAUUCUCGUCCUACCCCAACUGACUCCGGAGUGUCUCCCCUCUGUCCCGCAGUCCCAGCACCUGCAGUUUUAUUUGUGUGUGUCGCCGCAGGUCGGAAUCAUGGCCUCGCCACUGAGAUUCGACGGGCGGGUGGUACUGGUCACUGGCGCCGGGGGAGGAUUGGGCCGAGCCUAUGCCCUGGCUUUUGCAGAAAGAGGUGCAUCAGUUGUUGUGAAUGAUUUAGGUGGAGACUUCAAGGGAGUUGGUAAGGGCUCCUCAGCUGCUGAUAAGGUUGUUGAAGAAAUAAGAAGAAAAGGUGGAAAAGCAGUGGCCAACUAUGAUUCAGUGGAAGCGGGAGAGAAGCUUGUGAAAACAGCACUGGAUGCCUUUGGCAGAAUAGAUAUUGUGAUUAACAAUGCUGGAAUUCUGAGAGACCGUUCCUUUGGUAGAAUAAGUGAUGAAGACUGGGAUCUAAUCCAUAGAGUUCACUUGCGGGGCUCUUUCCAGGUGACCCGGGCAGCAUGGGAUCACAUGAAGAAGCAGAAAUUUGGAAGGAUCAUUAUGACUUCAUCUGCUUCAGGAAUAUAUGGCAAUUUUGGCCAGGCAAAUUACAGUGCUGCAAAGCUGGGACUUCUGGGCCUUUCAAAUACUCUGGCACUUGAAGGCAGUAAAAGCAACAUUCACUGUAACACGAUUGCUCCUACUGCUGGAUCUCGGAUGACCCAGAGUAUUCUGCCUGAAGAUCUUCUGGACGCUUUGAAGCCAGAUUAUGUGGCACCUCUGGUUCUUUGGCUUUGUCAUGAUAGUUGUGAAGAAAAUGGUGGUUUGUUUGAGGUUGGAGCAGGAUGGAUUGGAAAAUUACGCUGGGAGCGUACCCUUGGAGCCGUUGUGAGACAGAAGAACCAGCCAAUGACUCCUGAGGCAGUGAAAGCUAACUGGGGGAAGAUUUGUGACUUUGACAAUGCCAGCAAACCUCAGACAGUUCAAGAAUCAUUUAGUGGUAUGAUUGGAGUUCUACAUCAAAUAGAUUCAAGUGGAGGUGUUUCAACAAAUCACACCAGUCAUGCAGUGUCAACAACUACUUCAGGAUUUACCGCAGCUAUUGGCCAUAGACUUCCCCCGUUUUCUUCAUCUUAUACGGAAAUGCAAGCUAUUAUGUAUGCCCUUGGAGUGGGAGCAUCAGUUAAAGAACCAAAGGACUUAAAAUUUGUCUAUGAAGGAAGUUCUGAUUUCUCCUGCUUGCCUACCUUUGGAGUUAUUAUAGCUCAGAGCUCUAUAAUGGGUGGAGGAUUAGUAGAGAUUCCUGGACUUUCAGUCAACUUUGCAAAGGUUCUUCAUGGGGAGCAGUAUUUGGAAUUAUAUAAACCACUUCCCAGAGCUGGAAAAUUAAGAUGUGAAGCAGUUGUUGCUGAUAUCCUAGAUAAAGGAUCUGGCUUAGUAAUUCUUAUGGAUGUCUAUACUUAUUCUGAGAAAGAGCUCAUAUGCUACAAUCAAUUCUCUCUAUUCCUUAUUGGCUCUGGAGGCUUUGGUGGAAAACGAACAUCAGACAAAGCCAAGGUAACUGUAGCCAUACCUAAUCGACCUCCUGAUGCUGUGCUUACAGACACCACGUCACUUAAUCAGGCUGCUUUGUACCGCCUCAGUGGAGACUGGAAUCCCUUACACAUUGAUCCUAAUUUUGCUAGUUUAGCAGGUUUUGAGAAACCCAUAUUACAUGGAUUAUGUACAUUUGGAUAUUCUGCCAGGCAUGUUUUACAGCACUUUGCAGAUAAUGAUGUGUCAAGAUUCAAGGCAAUUAAGACUCGCUUUGCAAAACCAGUUUAUCCAGGACAAACUCUACAAACUGAAAUGUGGAAGGAAGGAAAUAGAAUCCAUUUUCAAACCAAGGUCCAAGAAACUGGAGCUAUUGUCAUAGCAAAUGCCUAUGUGGAUCUUGUGCCAACAUCUGAUAGUUUAACUACAAACCCCUCUAAGGGGGGAGACCUUCAGAGCACGCUUGUUUUUGAGGAAAUAGGUCGCCGCAUUAAGGAUGUUGGGCAUGAAGUGGUGAAGAAAGUAAAUGCUGUGUUUGAGUGGCACAUCACUAAAGGUGGAAAUGUUGCAGCUAAGUGGACUAUUGAUCUGAAAAGUGGUUCUGGAAAAGUCUAUCAAGGCCCUGCAAAAGGUUCUGCUGACACAACGUUCAUCCUUUCAGACGAAGAUUUCAUGGAAGUAGUUCUGGGCAAGCUUGACCCACAGAAGGCAUUCUUUAGUGGCAAACUGAAGGCCAGAGGGAACAUCAUGCUGAGCCAGAAGCUUCAACUGAUUCUUAAAGACUAUGCCAAGCUUUGAAGGACACACUACAUUAUUAAUGAAAAUAAGAAAAAUUAAAUUCUUUCUUCACCCAGAUAUGCAGAAGUGAUAAAAACUCAUCUAAGGAGAAAUUGCUUAACAUUUUCAGAUUUCAGAUAAUUUUUCAGAUUUUCAUUUUCUACUAAUUUUUUCAUGUUAUUUUUACAGCAACUAUAACAUACAGCAUGUAACGAUCCUCUGUCCUUAGGUCUAUAUCUUCAUAAUAAAAAUAAUUUUCACAGAAA